AACUUCUGUCUCUAUUUUCGCUUUGUACUUUCGAAUUAUCGAAAAUGAAGAUAUUGACAUGGAAUAUUAAUGGAAUAAGGGCAGCUAAAAGAAAUUUGAAAGACCUUUUUGAUUCCUUAGACACGGAUAUAAUAUGUUUACAAGAAACAAAAGUCACCCGUUAGUGUCCUAUCGAUGUGAUCAGUUAGAUGAACCAACAGCCAUUGUUGAUGGGUAUAAUUCAUAUUUCAGUUUUUCUAGAAAGAGAAGUGGAUACUCAGGUGUUGCUACAUUCUGCAGGGACUCAGCUACACCUUUUAAGUCAGAGGAAGGCUUGCAUUCAUCUUUAUCAAUGAAAAAUGAAAACGUUGUUGGUUGUUAUGGCAAGAUUCAAGAUUUUACAGAAGAUGAGCUGGAAUCACUUGAUGCAGAAGGAAGAACCAUCAUAACUCAGCACAAAAUAAGAAAGAAGAGUGGAGAUGAAGGAGAUCUCGCCAUUAUUAAUGUCUACUGUCCACGUGUUGACCCUGAGAGAGAAGAUCGCCAAGUUUAUCAGCUUAGAUUUUAUGCACUACUCCAGAUGAGAGCAGAAGCCCUUCUUAAUAGUGGAAGCCAUGUUAUAGUUUUAGGAGAUAUAAAUACAACUCACAAAGAAAUAGACCACUGUGAUCCAGAUGAUGAGUGUUUCAUUAGAAAGCCAAGUAGAAUAUGGUUGAAUCAGUUUCUUUGGGACCAGGACAAAGAUCCAGAAAUUCAGGACUUUCGCACCAUAGAAGGAUUCCAAGCUGUUACAAGUACUGCAAAAGGUGGUUGUUUUUCUGAUACACUUAGAUAUUUAUAUCCAGACAAAAAAGAAGCUUACACAAACUGGUGCUCCCUAACAGGAGCUAGAGCUACAAACUAUGGGAGGCGGUUAGAUUACAUAUUUACUGAUAUUGGCUUAGUAUGUGAUUCUAAAGAUUGUGUUGUUAUGCCAGAAGUAGAAGGAUCUGAUCACUGUCCAUGUAAAGCUGUUUUUCAUGGAAAUUUUAUUCCAUCUGUAAAAUGCCCAUCGUUGUGUUCAAAAUCUAUGCCAGAGUUUUUAGGCAAGCAGCAGAAACUCUCAUCCUUUUUUGUAAAACGUUCUGACAGCCAACCAUCAUCAAUUAAGGAAUCUGAAGAAGAGGAUGGGUUUUCAAGCUCACAGGAAGAAAAACAAAAAUAUAUAUCUAACAACAAAAGCAGUUUUAAGCGAGAAAAUUCUAUUGCUAGUAAGUUACCAUCUGCUAAAAGACAGAAGAAUGAUCAGGGCAGCCUAUCAAAACAAGCUAGUUUAAAAAAUUUCUUCUCCAUUCCAAAGUCAAAUGUUCAUACUAAUGACAGAAGCAGUGGUAAGGAUACUUCACAAGAGAAAAAGCCUGAAGAAUUCUCAAAGGGGGAAAUAAAUCCUAAAAUGGCCAAUGACAAUACUACAAAAACAGAAACAAAGACUGUGACAAGUGGUUCAUCAGCUCAGGCAUGGAAACAGUUGCUUAAAGGUCCUCCUACUGCACCUCUGUGUAAAGGACACAAAGAACCCUGUGUAUUGAGGACAGUGAAGAAGGAUGGCCCAAACAAAGGGAAACAAUUCUUUGUAUGCAACAGACCAGAGGGUCAUAGUAGUAACCCUGAAGCUAGAUGUGAUGUGUUUAUAUGGGUGGAUAAAAUGAAAAAUGACAGUAAAACAAAAAAAUAAGAUUUUUUAUAUGAAGAAUGAGAUUGCUUAUUUUUAGCCUUUGUUUAGAGACAGAAUUUAGCAUUUUUGGUUAACUUUGCCAAAUGUUCAGUUAUUUCAGUAUUAAAAGUAUGAUGAUAAGAAGGAUCAAAACUGAAAAUAAUGAACUGAAGCUGAAUAAAGAAUAUCUAUUGACAGUGUUUGCCAAAUAUUUUUGAUGAUAUAAUUAAAUUUAAGAUGACAGAGUUUAUUGAUUGUAUUCAUAUUAAAUGAAAAAUGUUUG